CUGCCUCUUCUCCCCCUCUAUUUCCCUCCCCCUCCCAAAUCCAAACCCUACCCAUUCCCCACCUCGACCUCUCAGAUCUCCGCCUCCGCAAGCUCGCUUGCUCCCCAUGGCCUCCUCCUCCGACGCUUCCUCCGCCCUCGCCGCCGCCGCCGCGGUGGGGAAGAAGCGUGGCAGCUACAACUGCGGCAGGUGCGGGCUCCCCAAGAAGGGGCACGUCUGCGCCGUCGCCGGGGAGGAGCAGAAGCCGCCGAGGAGGGCGCUGCACUUCGACGAGGCGGCCCCGCCGCCGCCGCCGGAGAAGAAGGUGAAGGUGGAGGUGGUGGAGGUGGACUCCUCCUCGUCGGAGGAGGAGGAGAGGGAGGCGCGGGGGUGGGUCGAGGUGGGCGGCGGGCGGCGGGUGCCGGGGGAGGUGGUGGUGGAGGUGAUGCGGAGGCUGCCGCCGAGGGGCGUGGCGGCGUCCGCCGCCGUCUGCCGCGGGUGGCGCGGGUGCGCGCGCCGCGUGUGGCGCGCCGCCGACGAGCUCCGCCUCCGCGCCGCCGGUGUCCGCCCCGUCGGCGCCCUCCUCCCCCGCUGCCCCGCGCUCUCCAGGCUCGUGCUCCGCAUGGAAAGUGAUAUUGAUGCUACUAUGCUCGCAUGCGUUGCAUUUUCUUGCCCUAAUUUGCAAUAUCUGGAGAUCAGCAUGGUCGGAAGCGCAGCCAACCGAAUGACAGGGGAUGAGCUAACUAGGUUUGUCUCAGAGAAGCGAUCUCUCUCGGUUCUCAAAUUAGAUGGUUGCAGUAAUCUCAAUUUUCUUAAUAUAAGCUCUUCAAGCCUUUCAACGCUUUGGCUAUCAGAUCUUUCUUCCCUUUCGAAAUCGGUCAUAAACUGUCCUAAUUUGAAUGAACUCUCACUGGGAUUUACCCAACAAAAUAAUGAUUCUACGGAUCUGAUUAGUCUGAUGGAUAGUCUGGGUCGUACCUGCUCAAAUUUGAGAAACCUGCACAUAUCCUCAAUUCAUUUAUGCAAUGAAGCUGUGUUUUCUCUAGAGAGUGCUAAUCUCAGGGGCCUAUGCAUGCUAUCCUUGAUUCUUGGUUCAAAAAUAACAGAUGCAGCUGUUGCAUCUAUUGUUCGCUCUUACGCAAGCUUGGAUUUGCUUGAUUUAAGCGGAUCUAGCAUUACUGAUAAUGGGCUUGGGAUGAUCUGCAAGGCAUUCCCUCAUACUCUAACCAGGCUUCUCCUUGCCCUUUGCCCAAAUAUCACCUCAUGUGGGGUGCAGGUGGCUACUUCACAGUUGCCACUUCUUCAGCUCAUGGACUGUGGCAAGAGCUUAUGUGCUAAUUCGCAGCCUGAAGCAGAGAGAUCAUAUUUUGGUGAAAUUUAUGGAGGGAUUAAGUUUUGUUCAAAAUUACCUAUCCAGAGAAAGCAGCAGCCUAAUUACCAAAAGCUGAUAAUAAAACAUGCUAACCUGAAGAAACUCAGCCUUUGGGGCUGUUCAGCUCUGGAUGCCCUGUAUGUAAAUUGUCCAGAGCUGAGUGAUCUCAAUCUCAACUGUUGCACAAAUCUUCAUCCAGAACGGUUGCUUCUUCAGUGCCCAAGCUUGAAGGAUGUACAUGCCUCUGGGUGCCGUGACAUGCUGAUUGGAGCAAUCAGAAACCAGGUUCUGAAUGAGUUUGCUUCAGCAGAGCCUCGGGUUCCUUGCAAGCGGCUAGCGGAUGGUUCAAAACGUGUACAAGUCCCACACUUCAUGCUCGAACAGCAAUUCGAGGAGGAGAAAUGGGGCAGCGGGUCGAAGCGGAGCCAGUGCACCGUUCACCUGAGCUAAACGAUGGAGUAGCCUAACCAUUGCAGCCACCAGGAUUGAGGAACAAGAUAGCUGAAGUUUAGUCAGCUUGUAAGGCUACUUGACAACUUGACAUUUCUUCAGAUGAAGCUAGUUGAGGUGAGGCCGUCUCAUCGUCAGAAUGGAGCUUUUUCUACCCUCCAAUUUAAGUGCACUGCAACUGGAAUUGGAUCAAACCAAUUUGUCAAAUGUGUCAUGUGUGAAUUUGUGUAGCUUGUUAUUCUGUACUCUGUAUCAUUCAAUUCCCUGUACUUGGAAAGCCUUUCCCUUGUGUACUUCUGAAGAACAAUAAGAAACCAGCUUUGUACUCUGACAAUAUUCAUUUUAGACGAUAACUGUAUCUCAUAAUGCGUUAUGUGUUCUAUUCAUGAUGCUGAAACAAUUAUUUUUCUUUUUUUAAUGGAAGGCUGAUUAUGUCUAA